ACUGGAUCGACACAACACACCGUGUCUUCUGCGUGUCAUCUAAUCAAGCUUCACCAUCAAGCUAAACCACCGUAGCCAUGACCAAGAUCAUCUUCUACGAGGACAGGAACUUCCAGGGUCGCAGCUAUGAGACCAGCAGCGACUGCCCCGACCUCAACAUGUACCUAAACCGCUGCCAGUCGGUCAGGGUGGAAAUGGGCUGCUUCGUCAUCUACGACCGCUCCAACUUCAUGGGCAACCAGAUGUUCCUGAAGAGGGGAGAGUACUCCGACCUCCAGCGUAUGGGCUCCAUGAUGGGCAUGGGGGAUGUGACCAUGCUGGAGUCCAUCCGCUCCUGCCGCAUGAUCCCAAUGCACCGGGGACAGUUCAGAAUGAGGCUGUACGAGAGGGAGAGCUUCGGAGGCCAGAUGCACGAGCUGAUGGAAGACUGCGAGUCCAUCCAGGAGCGCUUCCGCAUGUCCGAGAUGCAGUCCUGCAACGUGAUGGACGGCCACUGGCUCAUGUACGAGCAGCCCCAUUUCAGAGGCAGGAUGAUGUACGUGAGGCCUGGAGAGUACAGGAGUAUCAGAGACAUGGGCAUGAGCACCAUGAUGAGAGUUCUCUCCAUCAGAAGGAUCAUGGAUGCCUGUGAGGGUCAGCGGCAUUGAUGCCUGAGAUUCCUGCUGUCCUGACGUCCAAAAGGCUGCUAAAAGUCACAAUUCUCA